CAGAUUUCCUACGUGUCCCAACUGUGGGAAGAUCUCAGGGUAGGAAAGAAGCUUUGAAGACCCUCCUGGGGCUCUACCAUAUGAAUACAGACCCAUCUCUUGACAUUAGCUCAACUCUUGCCCUUUGGUUUUCUUCAAAGAGCACAAGCAGACUCUGCUGAGUUCAGGUGAGGGCAAUGGAAGGCGUUGAACUGCUGGGCUGGGUCCACCUGGGCACUUCAGGGAUUUCUGGUCCCAGCUGGCUCCACAAUUUAAAGGGACUAGGCUAAGGGCCUAGCAAGAGAGCAGGAUGGCUGUUGUAGGGUGGUCUUGGGCUGCAUCAGGAGCUAUGCUCUUCUGGGUGUUUCUUGGUCCCCUGGCUUUGGUUCUGGGGGCUCAUGUCAGUGUUUUUUCUGAUCCUACCCUGCUGACUUGUGGCCAAGAGAGCUUACAGCUCACCUUACCUCCAGGCUGGGAAGGGAAUGCUUCAUUUGUGCUGACUACUUGGGAUACUGAAGGGAAGUCACAUGUUCUGCAGAAUGACUCUGGCUGUGGGCUCUUGGUAUCUGGGACUCCAGAUGGCUCCAAGAAAGUAUCGGUCUCUUAUGCUGGCUGUUAUGUCUUUGAGUGGGAUCACAAUUACCUUACACUGGUUGGGCUUGAAGGAACAGAUGCUGCUGGACAAAAGGCUCUUCAUGAAGAGACGCUGCUCAGGUGCCCUGUGGACCUUCCUUCCCUGGAUGCUCCAAGCAGUAGUGUCUGUUUGGCCGUUCCCAGCCAGGACUGGCUGCCAUGUGCCUCUCUGCCCAUCAGCCAGGGAGACUGUGAAGCACGAGGCUGCUGCUAUGACCCCAGGGACAGGGUGAAGCCUUGCUACUUUGGUAACACAGACACAGCUCAUUGCACACCAGAUGGCCAGUUUUCCAUUGUUGUUUCUCGAGAUGUCACCCUGCCACCUGUUGCCCUGGAGUCAGUGCAACUGGCCCGUGGACACAGUCCUGGCUGUGUCCCUGUCCUAACAAGCAAUUCCUUUGUCGUGUACCAGUUUCCACUCUCUGCCUGUGGCACUACUUUUCAGAUGACUGCAGACCAGGCCAUGUAUGAGAAUGAGUUGGUGGCAAGCAGGGAUGUGAAGACCGGGAGCCUUGGCUCUGUCACUAGGGGUAGCACUUUCAAGUUACAUGUCCGAUGUAUUUAUUCCAUCAGUGGGAGCUCCACUCCUUUGAGUGUUCAGGUCUCCACGUUGCCACCGAUCCCUGCUGUGUCCCAGCCAGGUCCUCUGUCUUUGGAGCUGCGUGUUGCCUCAGAUGGAAGCUACACUUCCUACUAUAUGGACUGUGACUAUCCUGUUGUGAAGACUCUGAGAGACCCUCUUUAUGCAGAGGUCAAGAUGCUUUAGAGGACAGACCCAGACCUGAUUUUAGUUCUGCACCACUGCUGGGCCACACCAAGCACCAACCCGCAGCAACAGCAGCAGUGGCCAAUUUUGGUGGAUGGGUGCCCUUAUGCAGGGGACAACUAUCAGACACAGCUGAUGCCUCCAAGUUUCACCUCAGGACUACUGUUGCCCUCUCAUCACCAGCGUUUCAUCCUCUACACAUUCACCUUUGUGGACUCCACUUCCCAUGAGAAACUCUCUGGGCUGGUGCACCUGCACUGCAGUGCUUCCGUGUGCCACCAGUCUGUAAAGGAGUCCUGCAUCCCGGCUUGUCCUUCCAGAGUCAGGGGUAAAAGGAGUGCUGAGCAUCCUUUUCAGGAAGGUAAUUCCCAUGUCUCCAGCAAAGGCCCUGUGAUUUUCCUCCAGCAUGAGCUAAGACAGGACACAGCCAAGGACGGCCUUGGAGCAGCUGUGCAUGCUGCAGCCCCCUGGGCUCUGGGAUUUGCUGCUGCGGCAGCUGGGACAGCUCUGUGUGUGGUGCUGGUGGUUUCUGUGCUGUGGCAGAGGAAGGUGUCAGCCAUGCAUGAAAUCAACGCAUUGCAAUAAAGUGACUGUCAAACCCAUUUGUUUGGUGGUCCCCCUUCCCCUGGAGACCCUAGCUGUAAGACUUGAUUUGCAAGGCAAAAAUUACCCCAGUGGCUGUGCAAGCUUUCCAAACGCUCUGAAUUCAUCUCACUCGGGAAUUCUUUUGCUCUGGGUUUGGUGAUAUCUGUCUGCCUUGGACAUACUGGAGACCUUGUCAAGGCCUGGGCUGCAGACUGGGGCAGGAUUGGUGUUGGGUGGUGUCGGCAUGUCUGUUAACGAAUAUAAUGGCUUUCCAAUGUAGUGACCUAGGCAGAAUUGCAGAAUUGCAGCUCAGCUCACUAAAAGCAAAUCCUGCAGAUGCUUCUCUGGAGAUGCAGAGCUGCUUCUCUGGAGAUGCAGAGCAGGUAUUUUGACUGCGCUGAGGAGCUGGGACUUGCCCACUUGUCCCUAAGCCACUUGGUAAAGUAGGGCUGUGCUCAUGUGACAGGACUGGAAAGCAAGGAUGCUAAUGCACUGCACAAAUUGCUUUUGAUGCUGUGCAUGAACUUGCCUUUCUUUCCUUAGAAACAGAAAAGGAUAGGUGGCAUUUUUCUGGUGAAUGAGAACAUGGAAACUUCAUAGCAACUGGGGGGGGGGGGGAAAGGAGGGGGGGCUAGGUGGUCUGAAAUUCAGCAAGAAAAAAAUCAAACUUUACUUAGUGCUUACUCUUCAGCCUUCAUGUGACAGUAGGCAGUUAGGAGUCUUCAAAGGUCUUGGAUCAAAGCUAAUUUGACAUCGCUGUCGGUAUAAAAGUGCUUUUCUGAAUUUUUAACUUGGUUUU